AUGGAAAACUACGAGCGGAUACGAGUGGUUGGUCGUGGAGCGUACGGUCAUCGUGAAGACAAUAUUUAUUCAUGGAAUGAGUCCAGACGAAGAAAAAUCGAUGAUGGGAAGAAAACUCUUGUGAAACUGUCCGAUUUCGGUAUUUCCAAGGAGCUCACCACAAGAAGUCUUGCCUCGACGGUCAUCGGUACGCCGAAUUACCUCAGCCCCGAGAUUUGUGAAGGGCGAGCCUACAACCAAAAAAGUGACCUGUGGUCUCUCGGCUGCGUGCUAUAUGAGCUGCUCGAAUUGAAGCGAGCAUUUGAUGGCGAAAACUUACCAGCAAUAGUCAUGAAAAUCACCAAGGUCAGCUCAAGCUCCACCUUCAUUCUUAAUUAUUACCAUUUCAUGGCAUAUUCACCACAGAGUAAACUUCGUGAGAAAAAGAGUCUGUUUUACCGCAUAAUCCCCGAGGCUUGUGUCCCC